ACGGCCACAAACCCCCUCAAAUCCCAACCCAUAUCCCCUCAAACACACAUAAAAUUAGAGUUCCAUAGUCUCACUCUUUACUCGCCACUCGUAACAAUGAACUCCAUAGCCUUCAAAUCCUUCGUCGGCCUCCGCCAGUCCUCGCCGGAGGCCCCACAUUUCGCUGCCCAGUCCCGCCCCGCCACUCCCCACCGCAAAUUCCGCGUCGUGGCCGGAAAAUUCAGCCCCAGGCUGAACGGCCGGAACCUCCGCGUGGCGGUGGUGGGCGGCGGUCCCGCCGGAGGAGCCGCCGCGGAGACGCUGGCGAAGGGCGGCGUGGAGACGUUCCUGAUCGAGCGAAAAAUGGACAACUGCAAGCCGUGCGGCGGCGCCAUCCCGCUGUGCAUGGUGGGGGAGUUCGACCUUCCGCUGGACAUCAUCGACCGGCGCGUGACGAAGAUGAAGAUGAUAUCGCCGUCGAACGUGGCGGUGGACAUCGGGAGGACGCUGAAGCCGCACGAGUACAUCGGCAUGGUGCGGCGCGAGGUGCUCGACGCUUACCUAAGGGACCGCGCCAAGGAGAACGGCGCCAACGUCAUCAACGGCUUGUUCUUGAAAAUGGAUAUUCCUAAGGAUAAUAACUCCCCCUACGUUCUGCAUUACUCUAGCUACGACGGGAAAACCAAUGGAGCUGGUGAGAAGCGUACCUUGGAAGUUGACGCUGUCAUUGGCGCCGAUGGGGCCAAUUCUAGAGUCGCCAAGUCUAUCGAUGCCGGUGAUUAUGAGUAUGCCAUCGCUUUUCAGGAGAGGGUAAGAAUUCCGGAUGAUAAGAUGGUGUAUUACGAGAAUCUUGCGGAGAUGUACGUGGGGGAUGAUGUUUCUCCGGAUUUCUAUGGAUGGGUGUUUCCGAAAUGUGACCAUGUGGCUGUUGGCACUGGUACCGUGACACACAAGGGAGACAUCAAGAAGUUCCAACUAGCAACAAGGAAAAGAGCAGAGGACAAGAUUUUGGGAGGCAAGAUCAUCCGAGUGGAGGCUCACCCUAUCCCGGAACAUCCUCGGCCGCGAAGGUUGUCGGGAAGAGUGGCGUUGGUUGGUGAUGCUGCUGGCUAUGUAACCAAAUGCUCUGGAGAGGGGAUCUAUUUUGCAGCCAAGAGUGGCAGGAUGUGUGCAGAGGCAAUUGUUGAAGGUUCUGAGAAUGGAAAAAGGAUGGUGGAAGAAGGGGACUUGAGGAAGUACUUGGAGAAGUGGGACAAGACUUAUUGGCCAACUUACAAGGUCUUGGAUAUUCUUCAGAAGGUGUUUUAUAGGUCCAACCCUGCAAGGGAAGCGUUUGUGGAGAUGUGUGCUGAUGAGUAUGUGCAGAAGAUGACCUUUGAUAGCUAUUUGUACAAGACGGUGGUGCCUGGCAAUCCAUUGGAGGAUCUGAAAUUGGCCAUUAACACCAUUGGGAGCUUAGUGAGAGCCAAUGCAAUAAGGAGGGAGAUGAAGAAACUUAAUGUAUGACAAUAAUAGUCUCAGUUUGACUCUCAUAUAUUUGCCAUUCAUUUUUGCAUUGCGUGUUUCCUAGUGGACAUGAUCUCCUUAUAAUUAAGUGAUAAUUAACUAUAUAUGUGUAAGCAAAAAAGGAUUGAAUUUUCAUGCAAUCCCAUACCGGUAUGUAUACCUUUUAUCUACAAUGAUGUAAGCGAAGCAAGGGGUUGAUUGAAAUACUAGGUACUAGCAAAAGUUUACUUCUCAGAUACUUUUGCCAUUGGUUAUAUCAGCUAGAAUUAAAGAUUUAGGCUCUCAAGUUGUGUGCUGUUAGUGACUCAUUUAGUGGUUUAAGCUAUUCCAAAUUGAAAAUAUACGUGUAAAAUAUGUCGUUAUAUAUCCAUGCCAAUGAUGUAA